AUGACAUGGGAGGAAAACUCACAAGACAAAACAACCACACCGGAUUUUCACAGUACAGAGGAAGAUCAUCUGGAGAAGGUCACAAUGGCAACUGAAAGGGAUGAUUCCAAGUUAAUUUCAGUUUUUUGCUCUGUGUGUCAACAAACAGUAUACCCAUACCAUCUUCUUUAUCAUAAAAAAACCCACAAAGCUCUAGCUUUGCUAGGCUUUGAUAGCCUACAAAGAAACACUGACAACAAAAAACUUUUAGCUCAGAGACAGAAACUAAUUUCAAAACUGACCAAAACUCGUAAAUUUUCUGAGACACACAGGCAGAAGAUUGAUUAUUCUUUCGAGUUCCUUAAGAAUAAUCACGCUCCUAUCUCAUACUGUGAUCUUGCUAAUAUUAACAAUCCUAGUAUUUCUAAGAAAGUAAAUAAUUCUUUAAUAAAAGCAUUAUCCAUUUGUCAAGAUAAAAAUUCCACGUGGCAGGGAGACAUGGAAGACACAUUUAUUGUGCUUGAUAACUAUGGCAAUAGGGCAGAUACUUGUUUUUUGGGGUUAGUUGAUGGCUCUCAUGGCGUGACAGCUGCAGAAACAGUUGCAGCAGAGCUUCCACUUUUAUUUCUUGACCAGCUUGCUCAAACAGAUCCCUCCUACAAAAAGAAUAAGGAUGAACAGCAAAUUCUCGAUUCUUUUGCCACAGUAAUCAAUGCAGAUUACAUGGAAAAAGAGAGGAUUUUCUCUGAUAAAGCAGACGACGAGACCAACAAGACUAAUACUUACGAAUGGAUUCACAAAGCAUAUGCCAAGUCCUUUUGGAGAAUGGAUAGACUUCUACGUCUGGGAAGGAAUGAGGUUUCCAAAGUUCGCUGGAGUGGCUGCUCAGCAGUUACCUGUCUGGUGGAAAGAAUCCCCAGUGAAGAAAUAGGUGGCACUGAGGAAGAAGAAGGAAAACUUUCUGGAAACAACACACAGACUCCGUUAGCCAGGACAGCCAAAGGUGUUGCUGGGUUGCUGCACAUUGCUAACAUAGGUAAUGCACAUGCAGUCUUAUGUAAAAAUGGUAAGAGCCACUGCCUCUCAAAAGAGCACAGCACUUCCAAUGAAAGUGAGAGACAACGAAUACUUCAGAAUGGUGGAAACAUCAGCACUAAUGAACCAGAUGGAUUAGUAGAGGGGCACCUGAGAACUACAAGAGGUCUUGGACAUCACGGAGAUCCGGUUCUGAAAAGCUCUGUUAUACCUGUACCUCACACCAUGUCUGUCCGUAUCGAUGAUACUUGUCAGUUUCUUAUUUUAGCUUCUAAUGGACUUUGGGAGGUUUUGGAUUACAAUGAAGUACUUGCAUUAACACUAGCAACAUUCACUCAUUAUUUAAGAAUGUACGAAUGUGUUCAGAAAAACACAGCCUCUCCAUGCAAGUCUCAGUAUUUGAUGCCCCUCACUGAAGACAACUUAAAUAACUCAGAGGCUGCUGAUGAGCUGCAAGAUGGAACAGACAUACUAUAUUCCAAUGAAGACAUUUUCCUCACUGACUCAAAAGGCAACCUGGAACAAGAUAAUCCAAAGUGUUCUUGGAAGAACUAUUUGCAAAGUGAAAAUGGAACUCCCAAGGAAAACGAUCAUAAAAAUCAAGCUGGUUCAGAACUGUCUCUUUUCAGUAACAAUGAAGUAAUUUCACAGGACAGAGAUAUAAAACAGUCCAAUUCUAUCACACAAGGUGGCUUGGAAGAACUCGAACAGUCUGAGGACAAAAAAGUGUACCAAUAUAAGAGUUUUCAGACUGCAGAGGAAGAAGAAACAGACACUGACAACAUGACACAGCCCCAAAGAGAUACAUGCUUAGGUAACUAUACCUCAGGUCCACAACUGCCAGAGGAAAUGGACCCAAACGUAUUUUGUAGCAAACCUGCAAGUUACACUGGUCAAGAACUGCCAAAGACUCUGUCACCAGAGGGUUCUAAACCACCACCAGAGUCUGAAGAGGACACAAAACCAAACCCCUCCAAUCAUGAUUCACAAACUGCAGGAAGAGGCAGUGUCACCCCUGAGACACUCUACAGUGGCGCAGCAAGCUACAUUAGUGAACAACUGGUAAAGACUGCAUUAGCUGCAGGUUCAAGAGAUAACAUUACUGUUUUGAUUUUACUUCUAAAUGGAUGUGAUAAGAUCCCCAAUUACGUCAACAUUUAAAAAUUUAUCAUAAGUGGAGUGCCACAGUAAAUAUAGUACAAGCUUAUAUUUAGCUGUGUCAAAAAUUACUUUACAAUCAUCUUAAAGGCUGACCCAUAUAGUAAACCAGACAUCUUUUCUGAAACUGUGCAAAUGCAAUAAAACCUUCUGAAACUCUCAAUAAGAAACAGUAUUCAAAAACUUUUUUUUAUUCUUCUUAAACCACUUUAUUCAAACCUGAGCACCUCAAUAUAAAACUAAACACUGGUGAACUGUCAUUUUUCCUUGCUAAACCAGAUAACUGCAAAUUUAAAAUCUGCACAUGUAAGUUUCUGCUAUCAGUUCAACAUUUAAAUAGACUAAUUAAUCUCUUCUGACACACUUGGUAUACCGAUUUCAUAUAAUGAAAAUAACUAAAAGAAUUAGUGCAAUAUACUGGACAGAUCAAAAUAAAAUGUACUUUGGAAAACAAAGUUGCAAAGUUCAUUAUUGACAGACAGCAGUACUUAUGUUACAGAUACAGGAGCAUCAUUCAUUACUGCUCUAGCCAAAAAGGAAAACUUAGAACCCCCUUUGAUUAGACAGGAAAAAAGUUAGCUUUAAGUAACUGUACAUUCUGUAUACCUUUAAGCAAUUCUUAAAUAUUACAGGAAGUUUUAAACAAAUGUAGACUACAAUGCAGAGUACCUAUUUACAGUACAUUAAUAUCCAAAUUUUAAAUCAAGUUGGAUGUACGUAAUUGUUAGUGCACUAUAUUUUUUCUUUUCCUUUGGGGAAAACCAAACUGUAAUGGCCACCAAUGAUCAAAAACAAGAAAGAAGUCACAGACACCAAGUUUGUUGUGGUUUUACUUGAAGAGCUCUUACAGUUUGUAGAA